CUCAGUCCCUCUGCUGAUCUCUCUUGGUGCGGGCCUCUCAGGAACCAGGAUUCCAGCCGUGAUGCAGCGGGCUUUGUUCAGCCGGAGCGCGCAGCUCGCUCAGCAGACAGCAGCGGCCCUCGACGGUCCUCUGGCCGCGAGGAGCGCGCCGCUGCUGCAGCGCCUGGAUCGCUCCAUGUCGUCCGUCACCAUCCCACCGCCUGCCUGCAUGCUGCGGCCGCUGGAGGCUCCACUACGCUACCUCUUCGGACCGGGACCAUCCAACGUUCCUCCACGUAUCUUAGCAGCAGGGUCCAGGCCGAUCAUCGGUCACCUGCACGCGGAAAUGUAUGAGAUUAUGAACGAUAUAAAGAAAGGGAUCCAGUACGCUUUUCAGACAGAAAACAACAUGACGAUAGCAAUGAGUGGCUCCGGGCACGCGGCUAUGGAGUGUGCGGUGUUUAACACGGUGGAGCCUGGGGAGAACGUGCUCAUCGCCAUCAACGGAAUCUGGGGAGAGCGCGUUGCAGAAAUCGCAGAGAGAAUGGGCGCCAAUGUACAUAGAAUGGUAAAAACACCUGGAGGAUAUUUCAGCAAUAAGGAAAUUGAAGAGGCCAUGGAAAAACACAAACCUGUCCUGUUCUUCCUCACACAUGGAGAGUCCUCUGCUGGGCUCUGUCACCCAGUAGACGGCAUUGGAGACAUCUGUAGAAAACAUAACUGCCUCUUCCUGGUCGAUACAGUUGCAUCUCUUGGUGCAGCACCAAUAUUUAUGGACAAGCAAAAUAUUGACAUCCUGUACACUGGUUCUCAGAAGGCUCUGAAUGCACCUCCUGGCACAGCACCUAUCUCCUUUAAUGAAAGAGCAUGUAAGAAGAUGUUUAACAGGAAGACAAAACCAGUAUCCUAUCUUUUUGAUAUGACACAUUUGUCCAACUACUGGGGUUGUGAUGGCCAACCAGCCAGAGUAUACCACCACACUGGUCCAGUGUCUGGAUUCUUUGCCCUGAGAGAGAGUUUGGCAAUUCUUGCAGAGAAGGGACUAGAGGAGUCCUGGAAGAAACACAAAGAGGUGGCAGCCUACCUAUAUAGAGGACUUGAGGACUUGGGUGUCAAGCUCUUCAUCCCUGAUAAGGACUUGAGGCUUCCCUCUGUUACCACCAUCGCCAUUCCUGAAGGCUACAAUUGGAGAGAGCUGCUGGCCUACAUCAUGAAACACCACCAGAUGGAGAUGACAGGAGGUCUGGGCCCUUCUAUCGGCAUGGUGAUGAGGAUUGGAUUGAUGGGAUACAACUGUGAGAAGGCUAAUGCUGACAUGGCACUGCAUGCCUUGGCAGACGCACUCAAGAACUGCAAAAAGAGCAAGGCUUAAGAUGAAAAAUUCAAGAACACGAAUCCUGUGCUCCCUUAUAAAGAGACAAUGUAAAAUAUUAAUUGAAACAAUGCACAGAUUUUAGGAACUUUUCAGCUUUUGUCACUGUAGAGAUUUUAUAAAACAGUUCACUUGCUUGUAUGGUUUAGGCAGGAAAUAAAUGAGUAGAUAAUGUCACAUUAUCCAUGCCAAGUGCACUGAAAUGUGUCAAUAAAGUGUGCUUUAUUUUAUCAAA